GUAAACAUCCCCGCUCGAUUGGGAGGUGACGCUCAUCACUGGUUUAGUACCUAUAUGUGGGUAGAUCUUCAGACCUUCGAACGAGACUUUCGGAACCGAUUUGAUUACGUUCACCCAGAACAAGCGCUUUACAUGAUCAAGGAUCGAGUGCAAAAACCUCUCGAGUCCGUUGCGGAGUAUCGAAACCGGUUCUAUCGAAUGUUUGUAAGGACUGAGCGAGGGGAGCAAGUAAGGAGAGAUCUGUCCAUAGACGGACUCCGCAGCCGAACAAUAAGGGCGAAGCUGCGAAAGCAGUUUUCCCCCAUCAAUCAUACAUUACAGCAAAUCAUGGACGCAGCAGAUGACAUGGAACGGAAGUUCACGACGAACUUCCUGGAAGGAGAGGACUAUCUUAGGGAAGGAGAUUCCUCCGAAGUCGCAAGGGCAAAAGCCAAAUUGGCUGCGCUGCAAAACAAAUUCGAAAACAUGGGGUUUGUGUCGGGUCCUGUCACUUACAUAGAACAGAUAGCCCCUAAACGACCAGCUCCAAGUGAGAUCUUAAGCGUCCCCGUCUCUGUAAUGCCAACGCCUGUAAGAACGGCACCCUCUCCCCCAGUCGAGGCUCCCGUACGAUCGAAUGAAUCCAUUGCCAUACUCGAGCUAACCAAAACCUUGGUUAGUCUAAUUCAGGAAAGCAAAAAGGAACAGCGAGAGCAAAAUGCUCGGUUGGAGGCCAUGAUGAGGAACAUGCGGCCCAUUGCGGUGCGUGCCCCUUCGAUUCAGCAAGGGUUAGCCUCGUCCCCCGCUCUUGGAGGAAUCCCAAACGAUCUGAACGUAUAUUGUGCAUGUCAUCAACCUGGACAUCUAGCCCGUGAUUGCACUCACAGACCUCCGCAACAACGUGUCGGGGUCGCGCCGAUGGCCGCGGCGCCCAUCGCUAACGGACCAGGACGAGUCAGAGCUCUGAUGGAAGAAAUAGAGGGUGGGGGAAGUGCCCUAGCCACCACGGAAGAGGCCAUCGAGCUGAUCCCGUUAGAUCAGUACGUAUCACCUGGUUAUCCCGGGCUUGGAAUGAUUGGAACGAUCAGACCAGCGCCAGAACAGAAAGAGGUGGCGGAGUGGCGACCUUCUCUAGGAGAAAUGGAAUCACGAGGACCCACUUUCGUCACGGGAGAAAUCGAUGUAUUAAACAUCGUCCGAGCCUUGGACCAUCGGAUCCCGCUUCCGAUCGGUCAUUUACUUUCGAUCUCUGAACAAGCCAACGAGCGGAUGUUGCAGCACUACAAAGCGAACCGAAAACGAUUCGCUCUGGCUCGAGUACCGAACGCAAAAACUAAAAGCCCCACACUCAAAGAAAAUCUGACAGGCACGUCGGAUCCAAUACGGGUAGGAUUAGUACAAAAAGACAAUCAUUUCCUACGGAUUAAAUCCAUCCCAUGGAAAUCUGCGGAAUGCGAUAUUGAAAUAUGGGGAAUUCCGUACAAUGCAAUCAUCGACUCGGGAGCCUCUGUUUUGGCUAUUUCGUUAAGAGUAGUUGAGAGAGUGGGAAGGAAAAACGAUUUGAUCAUGCUCACUGAGAAAGAUCAGCUCGUUUCGGCAGAUGAAGAAAAGAUCAAGACCGUGGGAAGAAUGACCAAUGUCGCUUUCCGAUUAGGAAAAGUGCACGCGCUUGGGGAUGUCGUAGUACUAGAUCGAGCGAUGAACAUGACGUUCCAGAAUUUCGUCAACAAGACACGACUGACACAAGGGAUGAUUAACUUCUGCGUGAUCGUGUACAUGGACGAUAUCCUGGUCUAUUCGCAAACCUAUCACGGACACACGCAACAUAUCGAAUGGACAUUGGGCGCGUUGAGAGACGCCGGGUUCAAGAUUGCGCUCGAGAAGAGCGAAUUUUUCCUCUCGAAAAUUUCGUUCUUGGGCUACGUCCUGACUCGUGGAGGACUACGACCGGACUCAAGAAAGGUUGCAGCAGUGAAGGAAGCCCCGGUUCCCACGUCACUGACGCAGGUUCGAGCCUUCUUGGGGUUAGCAUCGUACUACCGGCGCUUCAUCAAGGGCUUUGCCGCGAUUGCACGGCCAUUAACGAACCUGCUAAGGAAGGACCAGCCUCUCAGCUGGGACGCGGAGUGCCAACAGGCUUUCCCAACCCUCAAGGACGCUAUGGCGACGGCCCCUAUUUUGACUCGGUCGGACUCCUCGAAACAGUUCAUUAUCAUCACGGACUGGCAACCGGAAGCUAUCUCUGCUAUUUUAGCACAAAAGGGGAACAAUGGUCGCGAACACGUCAUCGAAUAUGCGUCACGCACGGUACCGGACGAGCGAAGGAAUGACUCAGCACCUCAGGCGAAGUUCUUUGAGCUCUCGUUCUGCCUGCUACGAGUGAAUCUGAACUGGACGUGGGAAGGCGAUCGGAGGCCCUCGCCAGAAACCGUGGAGUUGAUCGUCAUUCAGGCGUGGAGAACUAACGUGGUGGGAGACCUACUGGGAUUCGUCUUUGGAGCAGUGGAUCGGGGAUACCGAUCACAGAUCGCGCGCGAACUUACGAUCGUGAUCGCGCGACAAGCCGACGAGCUCCCCCUCGAUAUCGUCUCUCAGAGCGACGAAGAGCCGCUGCCGAAUGUCCUUUCAAGGACUCUCGCCCCGAGCCUCCAGUGGUCGGCUUGUAUCGAGGAGCGCUGGGCGGACGACCGUUUCCCAUCUCGCAGCGAGUACCUGGACGUCCACAGCCUAACUAACCCCCGCUUCUUUCGGCAACCAACGGCGUUGGAGUGGGCAGCGCUGAAAGCAGAGGAAGAAGCAGAAGAAGAAUCGGAAGGAGAAUUAAGGAGAGAGGCCAGGGAAGCAACAGCCCGGUUGGCCGAGGACGAGGAAGAAGAACGCGAAGCAGAAGCAGAAGCGGCGGAAGUCGAGGACGACGAAGAAGAAGAAGCAGAGGGGGAGACUUCGGAAGAAGAAGAGGAAGCCUAUAGCGAGCACAAUGAGAGGGAGCAAAGUGAAGAGGAGGAGGAGGACGACGACGACGAGGGAGUGGAAAGCGGAGAAGACGAUCGGGAGCCAGCGCACGACGAUGAACUCGAGUGGGUGCCAAAACCAGAUCGUCGAGAAGAGAAUCCUGAGGCCGCUGCGCAGCACAAGGAGGGCGCGGAGGGAAAACGGCGAGUGAUCGACCCCACACCGAACGAUCCUUCCAAGGAUCCCGAGCCGCCCAAGCCGGAACAUGGGGACCUUGCUGCCACGACCUCGAGCGCCGCGACAACAAGGCGGCGACCCCGAUCCCGAUCCUCAUCCCCCUCCGCCUCCACCCGUCCCCCAAUUCGUCAACGUGUCGAUGAGGGGCUUCGCCCUUCGUCCCCGAUCCAUAUACCACUGUCCCCUUAGCCAUCUCUCUUUCAAUCACUAUCUUCAUCGCGUCGUUUUCCCCCGUAA